GGCCGCACCGCACAGUCAAAAAAAAAGGCUCCGAGUGAACGGACGUGCGCGCGCGCAAACCGAAAGUGGAAAGGCAAGGCAAAAGCAGAGGCAGAAGCACAGAAGCUGAAAUCGAAAGAGAGGCAAGAGAUCGGAUCUCCCACUCGCUCGCACCAGCACUCGCACUCGCGGUCGCGCUCGCGCCAGAAAAAGUUUUACCAAUCAAGUUUUUUAUUUCGCAAUAAAACAAAGAGAAAAAACAAAACUUCAACCUAGUUAAAGUUAAUGCUGCUGCUGUAGUUGUAGCUGUGCCCGUGCUGUUGUGUGAACUUUGUGAGUGUGCGCCCGCCGUCCGUGAGCACUUGGCCCUGUGUUGGUGGAUAUUUCUUGCGUUGCGUCGCAGAGCGAGCCGAGAAGAAGAAGCAGCAGCAGCAGCCGCGGGAAAGGCCAAAGAGAAAUUCGGGAAUCCGCUCCUGCGAGAUACAGGAUACAGCCGCGACAUAAACAAAUCCCAGAAUGAUCGAUGAAAUCGAAAGUUGUCAGUGAGCACUAUGCACAGCACAGCCGAUCGCAGGGAAUAGGCGAUCAGAACAGAAAGUGCGCAGUGAGUGACCAUCUUCGUCCUGGGAUUAACUAACUGCUGAACAGCCAACUUAAUGAAAGAGUUUCAAAGAAUGUUGAUGUUGCAAUACAGCAAGCAUGGCGAGUGCAUACUCAAAGAAAUCGGAGCAGCCUUCAGAGGGGAGCACCCUGCAGACCUGACCAUCGUCUGCGAGAACAAAGUGAAGCUGCACGCCCACAAGUUGGUCCUGGCGGCGGCCAGUCCGCUGAUAAGGAACCUUCUGGAGGACACCCACCUGAGCGACUGCUCCACCACCGUGUACUUCCCCGACGUGAAUGCCACCUACUUCAAGUUCCUGCUGGACUUCCUGUACUCCGGUCAGACGUGCAUCACCUCGCGGGAUGUGAACUACCUGCACGACCUGCUGCUGCUGCUGCAGAUCAAGUCGGACAGCUGGAAGACCACCGACUCCGCUUAUCUGAGCAGCAAGUGCGGCGGUCUGCGGGAGCGGACGGACAGGCGGAAGCAGCAGUACACCAGCCCGCAGAACCUGGAGCCGGAUCAGACGCUCAAGUACGAGGUGGACAGCGUGGACGAGUCGCGCAACGCGGCCGACUUUUCGUCCGCCUUCAACUCCGGCGACAACUGCGAGAGUGCGCCCGAAUGCGAGCGGAGUGCUGGCGGCGGCGGCCACAUCAACAAGGAGGAGGACGAGGACGACUGCCCCCACAAGGACAAUAAGAGCGACAAGGAAGACACGGACGAAAUCGUAAAUCUCUCGAAUGCCCCGCCCAGCGGCACCAGCGGCAGCAACAGCAACAUAAGCGCCAGCAGCAACCACCAGCAUCAGCAGCACCACCAGCACCACCACAAUAACAACAACAAUAAUAAUAACAACAGCAGUUCCACUAUAAAUCCCGUCAACCUUUCACUCGACCUUCGGACAAAGAGCGAGAACUCGGCGAGCAGAGCCCUGGGCUCCGGAUCCGACCACAGCGGCAUCGAUCUGGCAGUGACUGCGAGCGAGAGCACGAAGCGCAAGGGCCUGUUCUUCGACUCGCACAAGGACGUGAUGAAGCCGCUGUCGGAUGGUUCGGAUAUCAAUAGCUCGCCGGAGAACUACGUGGUAACGCCGCACCGAAAGCGGCGACCCGGAUUCCACAACACGCAGAGCGACAACCAGCCGUUCACCUCGUAUCCACACAGUCUGCUUGAGGAACUGCGCCUGGCCAAGUCGACGACAUCGCCCAUUUCGGGCUUUGGAUCAGAGAAGAACAUGCUGGCGCAUUUGGAGGACGGAGCCCUCAACGGAGACACCCUGACGCCGGACAGGAAGCAUCUGCUGGAGGCGCAGCGCAAUCGAGCCCAGAGCCCCGAGAUGCCGAUGCACCUGGGACCACAGUUCGUCUACCAGUGGCAGUCCAACCAGAACGCCGCCAUGUCCGCAAUGCCCAAUCUGCAGUCGCGACUCUCUAGUCUGUCGCACAUCAGCCUCAAUCUGGAUCAUCCGGACGGCCGCAGUGGGUCGGCCUCGGGAUCGGGGCCAAACCUGGCCGGCAGCAACACGCACGCCUCCUCGGUGCGGGAGUACCGAUGCGAGUACUGUGGCAAACAGUUUGGCAUGUCCUGGAACCUCAAGACCCAUCUGCGCGUCCAUACGGGCGAGAAGCCGUUCGCCUGCCGCCUCUGCGUGGCCAUGUUCAAGCAGAAGGCCCACCUGUUGAAGCACCUGUGCUCCGUUCACCGGAACGUCAUCACGACAACGAACGGGGCGGACACGGAGAACCGGUACAGCUGCUGCUUCUGCUCCAUGUGCUUCGAAUCGGUCCAGGAGCUCGUCCGCCACCUGUCCGGCCACCACAACAACCUGCUGCUGACCAAGAAUCUGCGCGAAUAGAGUCCGGACAUCGGCUUCCAAGAGUAUCCCAUCUGUCCGAUCCGAUCCACUGCGAUCCGAGGCGAUCCGCCGGACGGACAAUUGCAAAGAGACCUGAAUUUUAAAUAGUAGCAGUAGCAGAUUUAAUUGCCUAUUGUAUAAAUAUGUAAAAUCUAAAUUUAAAUCAUAAGUUUACCAACGCAACACAUUCACGCGACUCUGCUCGAUCAUUUUUCACCCAACGCCAACGGCCUGGAGCUCCACAUCCUCGAUCCGGUGGCCACUCACGUUGUUUUCUCAUUUAAGUUUUAUUCGACAUCCAAUCCCAACCCCAGCAAAUGCACCCACUACCACUCCCACUACGACCCCAAUUCUUUUUAAGCGGCUGGUCCAUUCACAGUGGAGCACUUAUUAUUAAGCAUAUGUUUAUACGCAAGGUAUUUUAAUUUCUAUUGUAUUUCCAACCCGUUUUACAUGAACUCCAUUACCUAAACCUACAUUUUUAUAGUUUUUGAUACACCUUUCGUGUUAAGAUUUUACAUAUUCCCUCCUAAAAUCGCCAACUAAAGUGUGUAAAGUGUACAGUAUAAUUUCGCAAGCUCGUAAUAAAAUCAGAAAAGCA